AUGGCAAAUGCGGGCAGAUAUCAUGCCCCUCCUACAAACUCGGACCAAGAACGCGCACCGCAGGUGGCCCCAACAGUGGCACCGACAGGUGACGAAUCACGACUGCCCAGAGCCGUCGUCGUCCCGCAGAGGCGCCCCAGCGAUCGCGCACGAGGUUUCGUCCGGGCGUAUGCGCCCGACCUGCUCUGCUGCGGAAUCGACCAGGAGACCUUUCUCCGUUUCAUCGACGGCCUCAACAAGUCCGUCGCCUCCAACCCGGCUGUAGAGGCCGUCAACAUCGCGGGCGAGGCUGUCGGUGCGGUGCCUGGGUCCGAGUUCGUCGGCGCGCCUAUCGUCGGGGCGGCACUGCAGGUGGCCGCCGGCGCCUACAAGGAAGUAAACGCCCGAAAGGGUCAGAAUGGCUACCUCGUCAAGAUGAAUGAUGAGCUUUUCCGGCCGCGCGGUUUGUACUGUCUUAUCAUGUCCUACGACGUGAAGUCGCGCAGCAAUGUCGUGCGGCCGGGCCAGAGUGAUAGCCCCAGCCACAUCAUCCGCCAGGGCAUAUCCCAGGGCACGAAGAGUAGCAGCAUGCGGAGCAAUGAUGGCAUACUUGGAGCCUCCAACUUUCCUGCGGCAGCCCAACUUGUCUAUGUUGGCCCAAAAAAUGCGCUCGGAAACAAUGUCGAGGAAAAUAGUGGCGAAGAGAGGGUCAAGCCCGGGGCCUGGGGCCAGAGCCGUACCAAAGUCCAGAGUAUGUUGACCGCUCACGCUGAUAAAGAAGAUCUAAAGUCCCAAGCCAAAUUUCAAAAGAAGAACCCAACGAGCCCGAUCAACUGCCUAAUGGACCCCAAGGUGGAACUCAGCGAGAAGGACAGGCAGAAGCAAGAGAAACGUGAAGCCGAGCAGGACAAGAAGGAAAAGAAGCGCGAGCGCGAGGCGGAGAAACGGGCGCUCAAGUACCCAGACAAAGCACCCAAAGUGCACAAGCCAAAAGAAGUAGUGCUAUCCAAGACUUCAUGGUCCCCUAUACUGAAGCAGUACCAAAACUCUAACCAAAAAUGGCCUCAAUGCUUUAGGGUAUCCUAUAUGUAA